CAGGGCUUCAUAGUAAUUGGUCAGGUAGAUGCAAAAGGCAAAGCUCGAAGGCUUCCUAUUAGGCCAAAUAUUCGCAGAAUGUUGUGCUUUCCUGGUGGCUCAUCUCUCAUGGUUUCUUAUCUUAACAAUGAAAGUCCAACAAAUCCACCAGAGCGUCCUGUGAUAAAUCUACCAGAGAAGAACUAUUCAUCUUAUAUCUCUCAGAAACAAGACUAUCAAGUAACCGAAGGGGACCACUCUUUCAAGGAAGCACUAAAUCAAAAUAUGAGAUCAGAAAUGACACCGCAUUAUGGGUACAUUAUUCCAAGAUACAGCUCCAAUCUUUUGUAGUGUAACAACGAAAGAGAAGUAUCAUUUUGGGCUGUUUGGUUUCAUGUGAGUGAAAUUACAGAUCUCUCUCAAAGCUUUUAGGUUAUGUCUUUUCAAUUUGAUGGUCAUGCUUCUCUCCUAUGUUUGUGAUGUCCAGUUUUAUUCUGAUUAUGGUUUGAUAAGUUCCUCUGAUGUCUUUCAUUUUCAAGUUAGAUUAAUCUCAUUUGUUUAAUUUCCACUAUUUUUUUUAGGUUUUACGCUUUAAAAUAAUUCUAUAGAUGAAAAAUGCAGAAUUUUCAUUUUCCCUCAUAUCCAACCUAGAGUAAAUGACAUCUAGGUCAACUCAAACUUUGGCUUAUAGCUAUGUAGUAGUCUAUGUUUGGGAUGAAAAUAAGGAAGGUGACUGAGUGUACUUUCACUAUUCGUAAAAGGCUUGACCUCAAUUUUGAACAUUCUUAUUUCAAUUAAUGCAGAUUCUUAUUUUCAAUUAAUGAAAUAAUAGUAAAACUACUAUUGCUAAAAUUAUUAUUUAUUCAUAAAUAUGGACAUGAAUAAAUAUUUUUAUAUUCGGUUUAGUAAAAGUGAUUGGUGUAAUACUAACCUCAACAUAGCAAAAGAAAAUCAAAACUAUAAUGAUAACACUUUCUUGUUUAUUCCCAACCCUCCUCUCUCAUCUCGCUUUUCCUUUCUUCUUUGUUUAUAGUAGGUUUAGGUGUUAUUACUCUUGAACCUAAGGGGCAUUACCCCAGUAGUUGGUCAAGCCUAGGAACACUACUCCAAUAGGAAAGAUUUCCUUGCAUUUCUGAAAUAUAUAAGAGAGAUUUAUUGGAAUAAAAAUAAUCACAAUAAAUUGUCUCCAAUGAGAACAACAUCCUAGGGUUCAUUCAUUUUCUAAAAUCCUCAAUGUUGGAGCGAUUUUCAUUUCAUUUUUGCUGAACUUUAAGACUCUCUGGUAGAGUUGUCAUUGGGUAAGCUCCGUAUUUGAACUACUCUUUUUUGUUUUGAGUUUAAUUGUUUUUGCACAUCUUUUUCCUUUGUUUUCCAAUGGGCACGGGAUUACAUCGCUAAAAAGGGGAAAAGUUUGGGAAAUUUAGGUGUUUUAAAUGUUAGAGGCCUCCCAUAAGUUAAUUCUUUGUGAUGUAUUUGUGCAUCCUUUUUUUAAUAAAGUACAUUUUUCUCGCUUUACCGAAUGUUGGGCCCAACCGUCGCGCAACGCGCGCGCCG